AUGUGCUUGCUAACACUACCUCUUCGCACAUUUUUCACCAACGACGGCGGGGAUUCGCUCCAGCCCUCGAACUCGUCACCAUCGAGUGAUGCAACUGACGCUCCCUUGCCGUCGACUCCCCGCGUACGACAAGCAUUCGCCUCGCUAGACUUUGAACCCCAAGAAAAACUAGACGGCACAUCAGAUUCGCCCUCGCUCAUCACAGAUGGCUCAACACCCUCGACCGGAGAUGCACGACGCAUGCGCACAGGAGCGAAAAGUGCAAAGAAUAGCAUGAGUAGUAUAGAACGACGGAAAAGGCGUCUGGCGUGGGCCGGCACCAUCGGUUUCGUUGGGUUUUUGGUCGGCUCGUGGGUGUACAAUGGAUGGGACGACGAUCCAAAGGCCGAGCCAGGAAUCCGUGCAUGGAUAGCUCGUUCCAACAAAAACACACUCAAGAUGCUCGACCUCUUUGAGAAACCGAUUAGCGAAAAGCUGCUGCCCGACCAUACGCCCGAGCAAUCGCCCUACACUUUGGUCAUCAGCAUUGACGACCUGCUCAUCUCCAGUGUGUGGGAUCGACAAAACGGCUGGCGAACAGCAAAGAGACCAGGCGCAGAGUACUUCCUCGGCUACCUUUCCCAAUUCUACGAAAUUGUCAUCUUCACAACCCAGAAUUGGUACACCGCCCUGCCCAUCAUGGAGCAAGUGGACCCAUUCUCCUAUUACGCGACCUAUCAACUUUACCGAGAGGCUACGCGCACGUACAAGACUCACAUUGUCAAAGAUCUCAGCUACCUCAACCGCGACCUCUCCAAAGUUGUCGCCAUUGACACCGUCGCUGAUCGAUAUGAGCUCCAACCGGAUAAUGCGAUCAUUGUGCCAAAGUGGAAACCUGGUAAACCUGGUACAGGAGACAAUGCCGACGGCGACGCUGGAUUGAUCGGUCUCAUUCCCUUUCUCGAGUCGCUCGUCAUCUACCAAGUGCCCGACGUUCGCAACGUUGUAAAGGAAUACCACAACAAGGAUAUUCCAAAAGAGUACGCCAAGAUAGAGGCACUCAACAAGGAGCGCUCGAUCAAGAACUGGCAAGAAAGACAAAAAAUGGGCUGGUCAUUGGGUCGCGUUACCGGAACUGCCAACCAGCCACCACGCACACUUCUCGAGGAGCAACGUGCUGCCGCACAGCGUGGCUACAAGCUAAUGCAAGCAGAACUUGCACGCCAAAAACCAGAGCUCGACCGCCUGAGGAAAGCAGAACAAGAAGCUCAGAUGAAGGCAAGGUCUCCUUUACUCGCGCGUCACCCAUGA